AUGCAGUCUUUUCGACAAUACCGACGCAUGCGCAAGGACUUGCAAGAAAGCAUUCAAUCGCACGGCCUAUACGCCGCUACGGAGGAUGUUGAUGUUGCCAGACUGGAGAAGGGUAUUCGCUCGAUGAAUGCUACACCGAAAAUCGUGCUACCUGACGGCAAGAGAGUGACAGUCCCCGGCGUUAAACCCCACGAUGUAUCCGAAACUUCUGAACGUAUCGACCCAGAAACACUGUUUAUUGUCGGCUUCGAUGGUCCCGACGACCAACUCAAUCCCAAAAACUGGUCCACGGGACGGAAAUGGCGGACAUUGGGCAUUGUUGGCACUACGAGGAUGCUGGUCGGAUGGGCUUCAUCGAUUGACUCGGCUGUGAUCAAACAAGGACAACAGGAAUAUGGAGUCAGCGAGGUCGUCGAAUCUCUAGCAACAGCGCUUUUCCUGAUUGCUUUUGGCAUCGGCUCUCUUGUGGCUGCACCUCUUUCUGAGACUGUUGGACGAAACCCAGUUUACAUCAUUACAUUGCUUAUUCUAAUGAUUUUUACAAUGGGAUCAGGACUCGCGCCAAAUCUCGGAGCCCAACUUGCCUUUCGUUUCCUGGCCGGACUGUUUGGCUGUACACCAAUGACCACCUUUGGCGGCAGUAUGUCCGAUAUCUUUGACCCCAUCGAGCGCACAUAUGCCUUUCCAAUUUGCUCACUGUCAUUCCUCGGACCUUUCCUUGCCCCGAUGGUUGGAGCCUUUGUUGGACAAAGCACGCACAUCAGCUGGUGCUGGACUGAAUGGUGCAUGAUGAUCAUGGCUGCGCUAGUCACAUCUGCCAUGUUCUUUUUUGUUCUAGAAACUUAUGGACCAGUGCUCUUGGGGUGGAGAGCAAAAAGCCUGCGUGAAAUCACAGGCGAUCAGCCUUUCGUGGCCGACUGCUCCCGCCCUUUCGACUUGUUAUUCAGAGAGAUCAUGGUGGCGCUGUUUACCAUUUAUCUCGUCGUCUUCUAUACUGUUCUUUUUGGAUUUUUGACGGGCUAUGAGUUCAUCUUUGGUGACACAUAUGGUUUCAAUCAGGGGUCCGUGGGAUUGACGUUCAUUGGACUGAAUGUAGGUUUCCUAUUUGCAUUUGCCCUGGUGCCACAUAUCUACUUCGCAUACAAGAAGAGAUUAUCGAAAGCCGUUGCAAACAGGGAAAAAAGCCUUCCACCCGAGGAGAGGCUUUGGUUCGCUAUGUACGGCGCUCCUUGGUUGCCAAUCUCUCUUUUCUGGAUGGGCUGGAUCAGCCAUCCCUCGGUCUCUUACUGGUCGCCUUUGAUAGCUUCGGUGGCUUUCGGAUUCUCCUUUCAGGGAAUAUUUAUCUCCACAUACCAGUAUCUCAUCGACACGUAUGAGCUUUUUGCGGCCAGUGCGCUGGUGAGCGCCACUUUCUUCCGCUAUAUCGCUGCUGGUGCCAUGGUCGUCGUGUCAAUUCUAAUGUACAGCAAUUUGGGUGUCCAUUGGUCUCACGUUGUUAAGAUGUAUUUCUGCCUUGAUGACACCGGUUCCAUUUGUUUUUUCUAUAAAUAUGGGCAUUUAAUUCGACAGCGAAAUAGGAAGAGGGUUUGA